CAGUCUCCACUCCCUCACAUCCCCAGCGCAUUUUAGCACCUACCACACCCGGACGACACUGUUACUCAAAUGGCGGCGUCAGCUUCGUCGGCAAGCCUCCAACUGUCGUCUCCGUCCACCACCGCCACAUGGCUGCGCCAUCGCCCCCUCGGCCUCAGCAGCCUCUCCCUCCGCCACCACCAGCCCCGCCGUCUCGUCGUCCUCUCCAUGGACGCCAAGCCGACGAUUCUCGUGUCGGAGAAACUGGGUGAGGCCGGCCUCAACCUCCUCAAGGAGUUCGCCAAUGUCGAUUGCUCCUACAACCUCAGCCCCGAGGAGCUCUGCACCAAGAUCUCCCUCUGCGAUGCCCUCAUUGUCAGGAGCGGCACCAAAGUGAACCGCGACGUCUUCGAGGCCUCCGCCGGCAGGCUCAAGGUCGUCGGCAGGGCUGGCGUCGGGAUCGACAACGUGGAUCUGGCCGCCGCCACCGAGCACGGCUGCCUCGUCGUCAAUGCUCCCACUGCCAACACCGUCGCCGCCGCCGAGCACGGCAUCGCGCUGCUUACUGCCAUGGCCAGGAACAUUGCUCAAGCCGACGCUUCUGUCAAAGCUGGUAAAUGGGAGAGGAACAAAUACGUUGGUGUGUCUCUUGUUGGUAAGACACUGGCAGUGAUGGGUUUCGGUAAGGUUGGAUCAGAAGUUGCUAGGCGUGCCAAGGGGCUCGGUAUGCAUGUAAUUGCGCACGAUCCCUAUGCCCCAGCUGACCGUGCUCAUGCAAUAGGCGUAGAGCUUGUGAGCUUUGAUGUGGCUAUUUCAAUAUCUGAUUUCAUAUCACUUCACAUGCCACUCACCGCUGCUACAUCCAAAAUUCUCAAUGAUGAAAAUUUUGCGAAGAUGAAAAAGGGUGUUAGAAUAAUAAAUGUUGCUCGUGGAGGUGUGAUUGAUGAAGAAGCAUUGGUGAAGGCCAUUGAUGCCGGCAUUGUAGCACAGGCAGCACUGGAUGUCUUCACAGUCGAGCCACCGCCCAAGGAUAGUAAGUUGGUACAGCAUGAAAAUGUGAUUGCUACACCACAUCUUGGCGCCAGCACGAUGGAAGCUCAGGAAGGAGUUGCUAUUGAAAUAGCUGAAGCUGUGGUGGGUGCGUUAAAGGGGGAACUCGCUGCAACCGCUGUCAAUGCACCUAUGGUUCCUGCUCAGGUUCUCACCGAGCUGAAGCCCUAUGUUACCCUUGGUGAAAAGCUUGGCAGGCUUGCUGUUCAGUUAGUUGCAGGUGGGGACGGCGUGAAAUCUGUCAAAGUUACAUAUGCAUCUGCAAGGGCUCCAGACGAUCUGGACACGAGGUUGCUCCGAGCCAUGAUCACCAAGGGUCUGAUAGAGCCCAUCUCAAGCGUUUUCGUGAAUUUGGUGAAUGCUGAUUUCACAGCCAAACAGAGAGGACUCCGCAUAACUGAAGAACGUAUCAUCCUGGACGGCUCACCUGAAAACCCACUCGAGUCUGUCCAAGUCCAAAUCGCAAAUGUGGAGUCAAAAUUUGCCAGUGCCAUCUCUGAUUCUGGUGAGGUCACAGUUGAAGGACGGGUCAAGGACGGAAUUCCACAUCUAACGAAGGUGGGGUCUUUCGAAGUGGACGUGAGCUUGGAAGGUAGUCUAAUUUUGUGUAGACAAGUCGAUCAGCCAGGAAUGAUUGGGAAAGUGGGUAGCAUUCUAGGAGAAGAAAACGUGAACGUGAGCUUCAUGAGUGUUGGAAGGAUAGCCCCGAGGAAGCAAGCUGUGAUGGCCAUUGGAGUAGACGAAGAACCAAGCAAGCAGUCGUUGAAGAGGAUUGGUGAAAUCUCGGCCGUUGAGGAAUUCGUCUACCUUAAGCUCUAAGCCAUGUAUCUCUCCAGUUGGGAGUGGUUAUCUCAUCAAAUUUUGUUACCAGGAGAGUAUGCUCCUAAUGAUAUUGUGUAAGAAAAUUUUGUUUGCAAUUUCGCUAUUUUCUAGCUUGAUUUUAUCCUGCAAGGUUGUUUACUAUAGUAA